UUGCCAGCUGGCGGCCGCAUCCGGCUGUUUGACUGGUGGCGGGAGCGAGAUGAGUAAAGGCCGUCCGGAGCUGGCGGCAGCCCCCGGGCUUGUCCUGAAUUACCUAAGGGAGCAGAACCGGCCCUACAGCGCCCAGGACGUGUUCGGGAACCUGCAGCGGGAUCACGGGCUCGGCAAGGCGGCCGUGGUGAAGGCCCUGGAGCAGCUGGCGCAGCAGGGCAGAAUCAAGGAGAAAGUGUACGGCAAGCAGAAGAUCUAUUUUGCGGACCAGGAUGAAUUUGAUACUGCGAGUGACACAGAUCUCAAAGACCUUGAUGAUGAAAUUCUGUCACUUACUUCCAAAGUCCAAAGUAUCCAGCAGAGCUGCCGUCACAUGGAAGCCGAGCUGAAAGAACUGACUGGCUCCCUGACUACACCAGAGAUAUGUAAAGAGAUUGAGGCAUUAAAAAAAGAAUGUGCCAAUUACACAGAAAGGCUGAGUAAAAUCAAAGCAGCUACCAACCACGUAACUCCAGAAGAAAAAGAAAAGGUGUAUCAGGAGAAGCAGAAGUAUCACAGAGAGUGGAGGAAGCGGAAGAGGAUGGCAACUGAGCUGUUUGAUGCAAUUCUUGAGGGUUAUCCCAAGAGUAAGAAGCAGUUUUUUGAAGAAGUUGGAAUCGAGACAGAUGAAGAUUACAAUGUUGCCCUUCCAGACCCCUGAGGAAUCUCUCUCCAAAUAACGUCGAAGAGUCAGAAGGAACUUCCAGGAUGGGUUGUAUUGAUAUUGUUUUGGCAUUUCCAGUUGCUUUUUGGCUACAGGAGGUAUCCAAACUAGGGGAGAAUGACUAGACUGAUUAGUGCCAAGGAGGCAGCUGGUUAUACGUAUAUUACAUCAAUUUAGUCAUGAACUUGAUAAAUUCAGAACAAAUUUGGGGUUAAGCAUUUAGUAAAAUUUAUUGCAAUUACAAUUUGAUAUAAAAAUAAUUUCCAUUGGAUGGUAAAGUCUUCCUUGUGAGCCUGAAAAAAAAGAGGGGGGUAGGCUUCUAUUUAUCUGAGACAGAAGUUUCUCCACUCUCCCCUGGCUCAUUUCUGAUAGAAAUCGUGGUAGCGAGUAGGAAGUGGAGAGGACAAUGUAUCCCUAAUGAACUCUUCAAGUGAAAAGAGAUGGCAAGUGAGCCUGAGGAACCACAAGACCUGCCUGACUUAAAAAAUUAAUAACAUUGUAAGCUUAAAAAGAUUACAUUGAAAUAAAAGUUAAGAAAUCUGU